AUGGAGCAGCAGGCAAUCCUCGAUGCCCUCCAAUCGGAGGCAAAGGCGGAGGCCAACCGCCGUAUCCUCCAGGUGGAUCAGGAAGCAGAAGUCAACGAGAUGCUUGCCGAUAUGGUCGAGUGCUCCUACGCUCCUAUCUACCCGGUGCCCACCAUAGAGAUCCGACGAUGCCGAAGCGCAGUUGAGGCUAGUGUAAUUUGCGCAUUGAGCUGUUCGCAAAUGCUAUACACGAUCACACGGACGGACCACGUAGAUACUUUGCUUGCUUCCACCCCCAUCCAGAGAUCCUACCCACAGGCUCCUGAUAAACACCCACCUCCUCUAGAGUCGGCAUAUGGCAGCAAACUCCUGAUAAACACCACCUCCACCGAGAAGAAAAGCCUCCGGCCGGCGGCAACAAUGUGCGGCCGCGACGACGACUGCUACCUGACGAGGGAUGAAGUCAAGUACCUCUUCAUCUGCUUCGGCGUCGUCGCGGUCGUGGUCCUCCUCGCCGUCCUCCUGGCCGCCUUCGUCUACCUCCGCCACGUCACCAUCACCGUGGAGGACGCCUCGCUCACCAGGUUCGACCUGCUCACCUCCCCGGUGACGGGGAUCGCCUACAACCUCUCGCUCACCCUCAAGGUCCGCAACCCCAACUGGGCGAUGAGCAUGAAGAACGUGGAGCCGUUCGUCGCCGCCUACAGGUUCGACGGCCAGCAGUUCGACCGCGUGCAGGUCGCCGCCACGGGCGACAAGCACCCCGCCGGCGCCACCAGGGUGUACCACCUCACCUCCUCCUCCCAAGGCGCCUUCGUGUCGCUGGGCAGCGCCGGCGAGCAGGAGUACAAGAAGGAGAGCAAGACGGGGACGUUCGACGUGGAGGUGGCGCUGUCCCGCAAGGUGAGCUACACGGCGCGCUACACCAAGUGCAAGAUCGAGGCCGUCUGCCCGCUCAAGCUGCAGCUCGUCAAGCCCGACGCCACCACCGUCGUCUUCCAGAAGGUGACGUGCAAGCUACACAAGGCCGAGAAGAACUGCUAG